UUUUCACGGUUAAUACUAUGUAUAAAACAAAAAACACAAACAAUAAUAUGUUAUACUCGUAACUUUAAUUUCCGUUUUACAAAAGUGAGUUCAAAGGUUGUAUUUACAUAGUAAUCAAUUAUCACAAUAUCAAUACAAACGAAAUUUAUCAUAAUUCGUAUGAUUUUUAAAUUAUACACGCUACCUAUGUUUAAUGUUAUAAAAUAUCUUUUAUUUUAAAACUUAAAUUAAUAUAUUGUAAUCUGAAGUGACUAGUAAGUAGAACAAUGGUUGAUAAUAGUAUGAUAGCUAGCGAAUACACAUCAAUCAAAUAUAGUUCGAUGGCGACAUUGGCUCAAUUGUUGGCUACUAUAGCACAGAGUUUUCUGUCAAUCGGUUUGGGUAUGCAAUUAGCAAUAUCAGCAAUUGUUAUUCAUCACUUGUACGGAAAUACUAAAAGCGAUUUCUCAAUAUCACUAAACGAAGCAUCUUGGUACGGGAGUAUAUUGUUUAUAAUUCACCCAUUUGGAUGUUUUCUAUCGGGUAUCCUACAAGAGAGGUUCGGAAAAAAGCGUUGCAUGAUUUUUGCAAACAUUCCUAGCAUCAUCGGCUGGACUUUACUGUAUUUAGCUCACUCGUCGUUUUUUCUCUACGCAUCGACACUUUUGAUGGGAUUCAGUAUAGGCGUUGGCGCUGGCGCAGUACACGCCUACAUCGGAGAAAUAACAGAACCAAGAAUCAGAGGAGCCAUGGCUUCACUAACGAAUACUGCAGCUUUAUUUGGAAUAAUGAUAACUUUUACUUUGAGUUCAUUUUUUGACUGGCGAACUGUUGCACUGUUGAGUAUUUGUUGUCCAAUAAUUUGUAUAUUGUUAAUCAUUUUUAUUCCAGAAUCUCCCAUUUGGUUAAUUGCCAAAGGUAAAAACGAAAAAGCUGAAAAAGCCCUGUGUUGGCUAAGAGGAUGGGUAGACUCCGAUACAGUUAAACCUGAAUUAUUUAAACUAUUACAUUAUAAUAAUGUAUCUGGAACAAUUGGAACUCAAUAUAGCAAUGUUGUUACAAGCGAUAAUAAGAAUUUACUGUCAAAAAUAGCCCAAUUCAAGGAACCAUCGGUUUAUAAACCGAUGAAGUUAAUAAUGAUCUAUUUUUUCACGUCUUAUGUAAUUAACCUUACUCCUGGCAAACCAUUCAUUGGUAAAAUAAUGACAGAAGUUGGUUUGCGAGAUAACCAAAGUAUAUAUUUGAUUAUUUUUUCCAUUUUGCAAAUGGUUGGGAGUGUAAUAUUGAUUUUAACUAUACGUCGUUUCCGGAAAAGAUUUUUGUCGUUAGUAACGAUAUCAAUGAACUCUUUUUUAUUAUUAUUAUUUAGCGUAUAUAUUGUGGCCAUGAAAAACAAUUAUAUUAAAUCGACGCAAUGGAUUCCUUUAACAUUAAUCGGCGGUGUUUACCUAUCUGGCGGUUGUGGUGUAGCAUGCAUACCCUGGAUGUUAAUUGGUGAAGUGUUCCCGAACAAUCGAGGAAUUGCUACUGGAGUAUGUACAGGAAUGUCAUAUUUACUUUUGUUUGCAUUAACAAAGUCAUAUCUAACAGUUGAAAUGUUUUUGAGUAUUGAGUACUCGAUGCUUCUUUUUGGUUGUAUUGGUAUUUGUGGAUUAAUAUACUUUUAUUUUUAUUUGCCAGAAACUGAAAAUAAAACGUUAUUAGAAAUCGAAGAAUUUUUUGCAUCGGAUCAAAAGGUCGAACGUAGAUAAAAAUAUUUUAAUAUUUCAUAAAUUCAAUAUUAAUUUUUUUUUUGUAUAUAAUAUAAUCUAUAAGUUUAAAAUAUUUUAAAUAAAUCUUAACAUGCGUAUUUAAAUAAAAAAACUUAACGAUAUUUUUAAUUUACUAUGAAAAAUAUCAAUUUAUAAUAAUUUGAGAAGAAUUAUUUCAAAAUUCUUCGUUUUUGAGCAAAUAAUAC